CAGAUGAGUUACAGACUCCGGGCUACGAGGCUCUAGUAUCUGGAAUGCAUUAAUCCUCCCGCCGGCUUUCGCAUUUGUGAGCAGAACCCAGCUGGGACACGGCAGGAAUGGGAUCCCGGGGGGAGGCAGAUUUACCAAGAAACAGAAGCUAUGGAGCCGUUGAAGCGAAAACUGAGGAGGCCGAAGGAACUUACCUGGAGGAGAAAAUCCCCAUUCCCAGCGCGGGCAGGCCUGGCUUCAGCUUCCGGAAGCUCUGGGCGUUCACGGGACCCGGAUUUCUGAUGAGCAUCGCCUACCUGGACCCCGGGAACAUCGAGUCUGACCUGCAAUGCGGAGCCAUCGCUGGAUUCAAGCUCCUGUGGGUCCUCCUCUGCGCAACCAUUCUGGGCCUUGUGUGCCAGAGGCUGGCGGUGCGGCUGGGGGUCGUGACAGGAAAGGACUUGGCUCAAGUCUGCCACUCGUACUACCCCAAGGUCCCUCGGUGGAUCCUGUGGGUUUUGGUGGAGUUGGCCAUCAUUGGGUCCGACAUGCAGGAGGUUAUCGGCACAGCGAUUGCGUUCAGCCUUCUGUCCUCCGGACGGAUCCCUCUCUGGGGUGGAGUUCUCAUCACCAUCGCUGAUACUUUGGUAUUUUUAUUCCUAGAUAAAUACGGUCUCAGGAAGCUAGAAGCCUUCUUCGGCCUCCUCAUCACAAUAAUGGCAAUCACGUUCGGCUACGAGUACGUGGUGGUCAGGCCCAACCAAGUGGAGGUGAUAAAGGGUAUGUUUUACCCCUACUGCUCGGGCUGUGGCUCCCCAGAACUACUUCAGGCUGUGGGGAUCAUAGGCGCCAUCAUUAUGCCACACAACAUCUAUCUGCACUCCUCUCUCGUCAAGUCUAGGGUUGUGGAUCGCUCAAGAAAGGAGGAGGUGAGGGAAGCCAACAUGUACUUCAUGAUCGAGUCGAGCAUUGCCCUGUUUGUGUCCUUCAUCAUUAAUCUCUUUGUCAUGGCUGUGUUUGCAGAAGCCUUUUACAACAAGACCAACCAAGACGCCCACGACGUUUGCCUGAACAGCAGCAGCCCCCACGCUGGAGUCUUCCCGGCCGAUAACAGCACCUUGUCCGUUGACAUCUACAAAGGGGGCGUUAUAUUGGGCUGUUUCUUUGGACCGGCUGCCUUGUACAUCUGGGCGGUGGGAAUCUUAGCUGCCGGCCAGAGCUCCACCAUGACCGGUACCUACGCCGGACAGUUUGUGAUGGAGGGCUUCCUGAACCUGAAAUGGUGCCGGUUCUAUCGCGUGCUGUUCACCAGAUCCUGCGCCAUUAUCCCCACGGUGUUUGUGGCAGCGUUUAAGGACGUGGAGCAUCUGACCGGGAUGAACGACUUCCUUAACGUCCUACAAAGUAUCCUGCUGCCCUUCGCUCUGCUCCCAGUCCUGACGUUCACCAGCAUGCGGCCGCUCAUGCAGGAUUUUUCCAACGGCAUCGCGGGGAAGUUGGUGGCCAUGUUGCUCAUCGCGUUGAUCAUUGCCAUUAACCUGUAUUUUGUGGCGGUGUACAUCCCCACCUUGGAGAAUGUCGGGCUCUACGUCUUCGUUGGGAUCAUCAUCUUGCUGUACGCGGCGUUCACGCUGUACCUGUUGUGGACCUGCUGCCUGGCGCAUGGUUUGGGCUUCCUGGCUUGCGGGAAACACACGCAGUUUUCUUACGGACUUCCUGAAGAGACGCAAGAAGAAUCCCACAGCUCGGGAGCCGUGCAGUAAAGACCCCAAAACCCUCCGUCUGCUGUUCCUGGUCAGCGAAGCUGAACUUUAUGGGCUUUCUUCAACCUAAUUUACCGUUACUAUGUAUUUGUAAUAAUUCCAACGAAGCGAC